UUCCCCUAUUCGAAAAGCGGAAAUGUUCAAAGUAGUGCGCGCGAGCGUUUCACCGGAGACGUGGAAAGUUGAGCUCGAUUUGAUUAAAUAGAUUGAACAUUUCAAGAAACAGAUUUGAUAUUGAGCGUAUAGUGAAAGUCAGAAUGGAACAAGAAACGAGCGCCAACCCGGCGGAGGGAAGUUGGAGUGACAAGAGCGAGGAGAAAAACGGCAAGUCCGACUUCCUUGUUGUCGAUUUGGAAUCGUCCGUCCAAGUGGAAGAUGGUCAAGAUAAAAUUUGCCAUGUCACUCAAGUGCUGUUCCAAAAUGACGCGGCUGGAAGUGACGAUGCGGCUGGAUGUGACGAUGUGGCUGGAAGCGGCGACGACGACGACAGCGGCGACGACGACAGCGGCACACACCACUUUGACACGGCGCCGACGGGGACGCAGCUUCAGCGAUGCGAGCGCGGCGCCGGAAGCGAUUCCGGUCUCCCUGACACUUUUCAGACGGGCCGUCUGCUGUUUUAUGAGCGGUUCAAGGCGUACCAGGACUACAUCCUCGGUGACUGCAAGCCCUCCGAGGUCAAGGCCUUCACGGCGGAUUACUUGACCAAGGUCAUGCAACCAUCCGGGUGGCGAGCCGUGUGGUCUGCGGACUUCUUUAAUGUCCUGGUGGAGGUUGACGACGUGGACUUCAGUGACCUCAAGGCUUGCGUGAAGCUGGUUCUUCCUCUCCAGUGUGCGGCUCAAGGAUGCGACAUCAACGAGGAAACCAUGAGCACUCUGCUGGAGGCCACUCGGCACAAGGUGCCCCUAAAGGACCUGCAGGUGGUGUACGAUGAGUCCGGGGACUAUGACCAGACCGCCCUCGGACUUGAGCACCUCAGGUUCUUCUACACCCAUGUCUGGAGGCUAUGGGAUGAAGAAGAUGGGGACGAUGAUUUUGACUAUUUUGUCCGAUGUGUUGAGCCUCGUCUGAGACUUCACUAUGACAUCUUGGAGGAGAGAGUCCCGGCAGGUCUUGUGUCGGAGUACAAGAUGUUGCUGAAGAAGUGUGAGCGCUGCUUCCAGGAGUUUUCAGUGCUGCGCGGCAGCCUCGGCGGCGAUUCUGACUCGGAGCUGGAUAAUGUGUCCAUGGUGGAGGGCCUGAAGCUCUAUGACACGGUGGAAACCUUCAAACGCAAGUUGAAGAUCAUUGAGAACCCAUUGUUAAGGUAUGUGCUGGGCUACAAAGGAAACGCUCGACAUCAGUUCAUCCAAAGUCGUGGACAAAGGGAAUCAGGCAUCCAUGUGGUGCAUGUGGUCACGGCCUCCUGUACCACCAACCAGCUCCUCUCCCUCCUCAACGACCGACUCUUGUCUGACUUUUCUUCUGAAGACACCCAGAUCCAAUUCUAUAGCGACCCUGUUUCAGCCGUAGAUUCUUGCCAUCAGGGGGACAUGGUCUUCGUACUCCCAGGAGUCUACAGCGUUUCCAGCGCCAUCUUCCUUCCAGACUCCAUCACUGUCGAGGGGUUUGGACUCCCUGAUGAGGUGGUGAUCGAGAAGAAAUAUAGCGGAGACUCCUUUGUUGAGUCCACGGGAGCAGACGUCAAGAUUUCCAACAUUAAAUUCAUUCAGAAUGAUGCGAUUGAUGGUAUUUUAUGUGUGCGAAAGGGGAAUCUGUCCAUGGAGAAUUGUGUGCUGCAGUGUGAGACGACCGGUGUUGUUGUCCAAACAUCUGCUCAACUUGUGAUGAAGAUGUGUGAUCUAUACGGAUCCAAGGGGGCCGGUAUUGAGAUUUACCGUGGUAGCGUGUGCACUCUGCUUGGCAACGGCGUUCACCACUGCAAGGAUGGGAUUCUCAUCAAGGACUUUGCAGACGAGGCUAACGCCAUGCCGUCCAUCACCAUGGAGAACAAUGUCAUCCACAACAACGAAGGCUACGGGGUGAUCCUGGUCAAACCGUCGCCGAGUCAAAGCAGCAACGCGACCGUCGACACGCAUGUCCCUCAAGAUGUUCCCACAACAAGCCAGACGACCAGCAGCUCUGAUGCUCCUGCCAAGUGGCCCGAGAAGAACCCUCACAGCCAAUCACAGCCCAGCGUCAGCAAGCACAGCCUCGACCUGAUCGCCCACAAGGUAUUCGUCUCCAACCAGGGAAACAUGUUCCGACGUAACGGCGUCGCCGACUUUGGCACCUUUUUAUACUAAGAAAUCCGCAGAAAUAAAAUGGAGAUCUUCCAAGUUACAUUUUAAUUUGCAGUUCUACUUGGACUUUUUAGACGCCCGUCACCUCAAAGUCGAUGAAAGACAACAUGUCUUCAAACAAAGUGUCAAGUCUGCAUUUUCAUAUAGAAACUAUAAUUUUAUGUUUAAGGGUAAGUUCACACUGCCGGGUCCGAUUUUUUUGUUAAAUCCGAUCUUUUUACGUCGUCGUUCAUAUUACAUAAAAAAAAAAAAAAGAGAUGUCUAAUGUGAACGCAGUCU